AUGGCCAUGCUCUCGUCAUCAUUGUCCCGGCCCAUCCUCCUGGGCAUCCGAACCAUGCAAUGGGCCAGCUCCGUCAUCGCCUUGGGUAUAUACGCCUACUUUGUGCAUCACCAGCGCAGUGGCACAAACCCCAUCUUCAAUCUAGUCAUUUCUGUCCUCAAGUGGGUUGCUUUGAUUGAUAUGGUGUUUUCGUACCUAUGGUUGACGGCAUUCGUCCUCGCCGCACAGAGCUACAACUACGGUGAUGUCUACUUGAAGGCCCCCUCCGGCGUCAGGGUAUCUAUUAAGCAUGCUGCUGAGUCUUUUACUUUCCUCGCUUUCAUUUUUACCUUCUUCGGCCUCCUCACCGAGGUCGCGACUCGCUGGACCGAUGCUGAUGAUACGCCUGUGACUCGCGAGAAGCAUAAUGGUGAUACUCGUGCUCCUCUCGAUGCCCCGGCCAAUCCUACUGGACCUGCUGCCGUGUAA